AUGACUGGGGUGUACUGUGCAGUAUUGACAUAUAAGGAUAGAGGUACUGCUAAUAUGCGAAGAGUGCAACUUGGUUCUUGUGACUAUGGUCUUAACGUUUGCAUCAGAAACAUCAAUAGAACACAACCUUUGUACUUGUGCAAAGAUAUCGGUGUAGCGACGACUGUGAAUCUCGACAGAAUACGCUCCAUCACUAUUUUCUCUGUCGAGACAUAA